AUAAAAGGAAGGAAUUAAACUUCAAAUUGAUAUAUUUCCAUCUCUAUAAAUUUGCUACAUUGAAUUUCUGCAUCCUCUUUGUUUGAGAGAGAGAGAGGGGAGGGAAAAUGGAGAACAGAGAGAAAGUGACUUCACUGAUGAGUUCGGACGGUCAUAUUUUCCCGGUGGAGGAUACGGUAAUCGCGGAGUUCCGAGCCAUCAACUCCUUUCUUCCGGCUGCCGGUGACGCCGUUAAUCCGAUUUCUCAGAUUACCGGCGACGUUCUCGCCAAAAUAAUCGAUUACUGCAGAAAACACAUCGAUCACAAGCUUAAUCGUUUGCGUGAUGAGGAAAUCAGUGCCUGGGAUAGGCAAUUCGUCAAUGUCGACGAGAAAACCCUACUCGAUCUCCUCGUGGCUUCACACUUUCUGGGAGUGAGGGAUCUCUUCAGCCUAAUAAUGGUGAGUGUAGCUGACAUGACGAAGAAGAAGGGAGUUGGCAGCAUGGAUCAACUUCACAAUCUCUUCAUCUCCAACUUUAAGCUCGACUAACAUGUUCAUCUUCUCCAAUUUCUUUUAUCUUUAUCUUUGCUUAUAGAAUUAGAUUUUGCUUUGUAUGGAUUAAUGGCCAUCACAUUAUGAAUGAAAUUGGAGUUAAUUUUCAAUAAAAAUGUGCGCUUUAAUUUCCUUCCGAUUUA